UUCAGAGACAGCCACGCGCCCGAGCUCGCUGCCUCUGUUUUCCCGGAGCUGCGGCUGCUGCCACUGCUAAGAUGCCUCCCCCCAGCCUGGAGAUGGGGAGCGGCCAGGUGCUCCCGGCCUUCCUGCUCUGCAGCACUCUGCUGGUCAUCAAGAUGUAUGUGGUGGCCAUCAUCACCGGCCAAGUGAGGCUUCGGAAGAAGGCUUUUGCCAACCCCGAGGAUGCUCAGAGACACGGAGGCCUCCAGUAUUGCCGGAGCGACCCGGAUGUGGAACGCUGCCUCAGAGCCCACCGGAACGACAUGGAGACCAUCUACCCCUUCCUGUUCCUCGGCCUCGUCUACUCCUUCCUGGGGCCCGACCCUUUCGUCGCCCGGAUGCACUUCCUCGUGGUCUUCCUGGGCCGCAUGGUGCACACCGUGGCCUACCUGGGCAAGCUGCGUGCACCUACCCGCUCCCUGGCCUACACCCUGGCUCAGCUCCCCUGUGCCUCCAUGGCCCUGCAGAUCGUCUGGGAAGCAGCCCGCCACCUGUGACCAGCCAUUGACACCUCGGCCGCCAGACCACCGGCCACAAGCCACCUCGGCCACCAGACCACUGGCCACAAGACUGUUCCUGGGGCACUGGGCGCC